AUGGGUAUUGUUGAGAAGAAUAAUAAGAUCUUCGUCCGCGCCGGCGAUCUUACGACGAAUGAGAUCACUAUUGAGUGGCAGCAGAUGUUCAAACAGAAGAAGGAACAGUACUACUCUGUCCCCUUUUUCAACAAGGAUAAGGGAGACGAGGAGAGCGUCCUCUUUAUCCAGAAGGACUGGCUAGAUAAGCUUAAGGAGAAGAAGACGGCUGGUGAAGACUUCACCUUUGUUGUCGACGAAACUUUCCAGUACGGCCAGGAUAAAGAAAAGACUCAGCGUUGGCUGGUAUUCCACGAUAAGAACAGAACGCCUUACCAGUGGCGAUUCGUUGCAAGUAUUAAACAGAAACUUGGUAGUGCACUUGCUGGUUUUGCUGGCGGAAUCUUUAACAAGUAUCUGCCAAUUGAUAUUGGCAAUAUUGGGGCUUACUUUGGUGACCCACUCCGCAACUUUUGA